AACGAAGCGGAAUGGGGCGGGGCCUAUCGCUCGUAUACACGCGAAAGCGGAAGUUGUCUGUGGAUGUUUUGGUUGUUAUGAUACCCUGCUGAAUUAAUGUGAUAUAUAUCUACAGAGGCAAACAAAAGUUUAAUAGUAAGCCACGGGCUGCGGACUGAACCACAUUUGAAUGCGACUUAAAAGCUAAUUUUCACCGUUUCCUUCCUGAAGGGGCUAACUCUGCGUUAUAACGGACAACAGGGAGACAGUAACGCGAGGGUCAUGUCGGCCAAAUUAGAGGCAAGUAAAAGCAAAGACAGCGGGGAAGUUAUUAAGAACUACCACAAGCAGGCGUUUGAGUACAUAUCGAAGGCGUUGAGGAUCGACGAAGACGAUAAAGCUGAAAAGGGAGAGGCUGUACAGUGGUACAAGAAAGGGAUUGCUGUUCUCGAAAAGGGUAUUGCGGUGGAGAUCACGGGACAAGCAGGCGAUCAAUAUGACCGAGCUAAGAGACUCCAGGAUAAAAUGGUCACAAACCUCACCAUGGCAAGAGACAGACUUGCCCUUUUAGAAACAACGUUGGCAUCACGAAGGCAAAGUGAUUCCAAAAGCAUCUCGAGUCACACUCUUCCACAACCAAAACCUGUCCCCAAGAGCAACCCUGGCGUAGCUGGAGGACGGCCAUAUACUGCUGUCAGACCCCCUUCAAAACCCACUGACGCUAAGGUGACUCCACGUUAUGGAAAAGUUCAAAACGGAAAACCAUUAGCUCUGAAGCAGCCCUCAAAGAGGGACAUGAGAAACUUCAAGAAUGUGGACAGCAAACUGGCCAGCUUGAUUCUGAACGAAAUUGUCGACAGUGGAGCAUCUGUGUCCUUUGAUGAUAUUGCUGGACAGGAUAUUGCCAAGCAAGCUCUCCAAGAAAUCGUCAUCCUUCCUGCCUUAAGACCCGAGCUCUUUACUGGCCUGAGAGCUCCUGCACGCGGUUUGCUUUUAUUUGGCCCGCCUGGUAAUGGAAAAACCAUGCUGGCCAAAGCAGUUGCUGCUGAGUCUAAUGCCACAUUCUUCAACAUCUCUGCUGCCAGUUUGACCUCAAAAUAUGUGGGAGAAGGCGAGAAGCUCGUACGAGCGCUGUUUGCUGUUGCCAGAGAAUUGCAGCCAUCUGUCAUCUUUAUUGAUGAAGUGGACAGUUUGCUAUGUGAAAGGAGGGAGGGGGAACACGAUGCCUCGCGACGGUUAAAAACCGAGUUCCUCGUUGAGUUUGACGGGGUGCAGUCGGGGGGAGAUGAUAAGGUUCUUGUAAUGGGAGCAACUAACAGGCCUCAGGAGCUCGAUGAAGCAGUAUUAAGGCGCUUUGCAAAAAGGAUUUAUGUUACAUUGCCAGAUGAGAAGACAAGAUUGACACUACUGAAAAACCUCUUGGAAAAGCAUGGGAGUCCACUGAGCCAGAAAGAGCUAUCCUGGCUUGCGAAAUCGACUGCAGGGUAUUCAGGAAGCGACCUGACGUCAUUAGCCAAAGAUGCUGCGCUCGGGCCGAUCAGAGAGUUGGGACCAGACCAGGUUCGGAGUAUGGCUGCUUCUGAGAUGCGAAACAUCAAGAUAAAAGACUUUGAGGACUCCCUAAAGCGCAUUAAGCACAGCGUUAGCACGUCGACUCUUGACAUGUAUACCAAAUGGAACAAAGACUUUGGUGAUACAACCGCUUUUUGAACUUGAUUGUUCGUUUUCUCUUGUAAAAAAAAAAAAAAAAGGAAAUAUAAUUAAUAAUGUGAAUAAAAACCUGUGACACACUUUCUACAGGCAGGUAAAGCUCAGAUGUGUGAAUAUUUUGAUAUCUGAAGCAUUCUGGAAUAAUUCUGUGUGGUACGGAAAGAAUUUGGUGAAACGGUGCUUCUGGAAAUCUGUAUUUCUACACUCCUGAAACUGUUGUUCUAUUUAUUCUCAAGAAUGUUCUGCGCAAUGACAUGUGAUCAUUGCUUGAAGACAAAAGCAAGUUUCUGUAACUUCUGCCGUUUAUUUAGAUCUAUAGUGACAUGUGAUGGUACCAAUCACCAAGUGCUCUCUGUUCUUACACACACGUGCAAGAGUGAUAAUAAUUGGGAAAAGAAUUCAGCCAAAGUGUGUGUUUUUGCGUUGUUAGACUGGUUAACAGAAGAUUUUUCAUUUGCACGAGUAGUUAUAGAUACAAAGCCUUGAUUGACAAUUUAGAUGAAAAGUAUUUCAUUAAUGAAACCUGUACAUAGCUACAUAGCACUCUCCUCAGUCAUCAAUAAAUCUAUUCAUGAAGUAUUCAUUUGCUUUUGCUUUUAUUAUUAUUAUUAUUAUUAUUAUUAUUAUUAUUGUUAUUAUUUGACAAAUUCCUCUUCUCAAAGUCAUUUUCCCCAAAGGCAUGUCGCUUUAGUUUCAACCAUGUCUGAGUAACAAUGAUGAAAAGAUUAAUACAUUGCAACAAUAAAGAGAUACAUACCACCUUAAA